ACUGCCUGGUGUACCAGCACAACUACCUGCCGCAGUGCUGCCACCUGCUGCGGCACCGCCUGCUGUAGCCCCGCCAGCUGCUGCGGCACCGCCUGCUGUAGCAUCGCCAGCUGCUGCGACACUGCCACAGCCUGCUGCAGCUGCUGGGGCUCCAGCAGCUCUGCCAGCUGCCGUGGCUCCAGGAAUGGGGCUUGUUCACGGCCCACCAGAAGCCCCUUCCCCUUCCCAUGGAUUCUUGGGCCUCUUCGCAGAGGUAGAUGAUGAGACCCACCUUGGUCACGGGAUCAUGGUCGCCACAAGCAAACUGAAGUACAUCUUGGGUGCCCGGGGGGACUCGAUGUUUUGCAAAGAAGCAACGAAGGUUGUUUUUGGCGCUGCAAACUUGCAGCGCCGAAGUGUGACUGGACAGGCAUGUAGGCGGCUCAAGGGGUCAGUUGCGAAGCGAGCGCUGACCCCGAAUAAGCUGGCGGCCGUGGGCAAUGCCUUCCAGCUGUACAUCACGCAGACAUCCUCGGAUAAGUCACCGAAGAAGAGGAGGGUUCUCAUGAACAAAUACAUCGGCGAGCAACUGCACGAUAUUAAUAGAAAACUUGAGUUUUGAGGAACCUUCGAUCUAGGGUAUCUAAAGUAUUCAAUAUAUAUAU